AUGUCGGCGCCAUCCGUGUCGCCGGUGACCGGUCGCAGCGAUGAGCCUAUCAUAGUCGAUGACGACGAUGACGCGCCAGUCGUAUUACCAUCCGCAAGUCACGCUCUAGCGCCAUCGCCUUCCCUAUCCCUGCGCGAGGUGACGCCCGCCAUGUCAGUAGCAACAGCCUCGACGAGCAGCGGCAUCCACCGGCUCAAUGGCCUCGAUAGUCGAGACGUCGGCGACCAAAACGGCACGUCCGAUUCAGCGCUCUCUUUGGAUCGUUAUCGUACGGGCUACGUGUAUUCAUCCGAGAUGAUGUUGCACGUCAACCCCAUCGAUCCCGAUCAUCCCGAGCGGCCUCUGCGGGUCUUUAAGAUCUUUCUCAAGCUCAAAGAAAAGAACGUGCUCUCACACAUGAAGCGCAUACCCAUCCGAGAAGUCACCGAGGACGAGGUCAAGCUGGUUCACGACCGAGGCAUCUGGGAGGGCGUCCAGCGAUUAGACGCUUACCACCCGGACGUCUUGAAAGAGCAGGUUUUGAUGCUCGAGACGACAAGCUCCCUCUACAUCAACGAGCACACACCGUACGUCGCACGGCUUUCGUGCGGCGGAGCGAUCGAGCUCGUCGACGCCGUAGCGUCAGGUCGCAUACAGAAUGGAUUCGCUAUCGUCAGACCACCGGGCCAUCACGCCGAGCCGCACAAGAGCAUGGGUUUCUGCUUCUUCAACAACGUUGCCGUGGCAACGCGCGAAGUGACGCGCCGGCACGACCACAUCAACAAGGUCCUCAUCCUCGACUGGGAUGUGCACCACGGCAAUGGGACACAGCGCGCUUUCGAAGACGAUCCCAACGUGCUCUACAUUUCGCUGCACAGAUACGACGAGGACGGGAGCUUCUACCCGGGCUCGACGUACGGUAACUUCGACAGCACGGGCACAGGCGCGGGCGAGGGCAAGUCGGUCAACGUGCCCUGGCCGGUCCAGGGCAUGGGAGACGCAGACUACAUGUACGCCUUCCAUCACCUCGUCAUGCCCAUCGCUCACGAGUUUGAGCCCGAUCUCGUCAUCAUCUCGGCAGGGUUCGAUGCGGCGGAUGGCGAUCCGAUCGGUCUCAACAGAGUCUCGCCCGGAGGCUUUGCGCAGAUGACGCUCGAGCUCACGUCGCUGUGCAAAGGAAAAGUCGCCGUGGUCCUCGAAGGAGGGUACAAUCCCGACGCCGUGGCCAACAGCGCUGCCGCUGUCACUGACGUGCUUCUGGGCAUGCCUGCGGCAGAGCCACGCGACACGAUUGCGAGCACCAUCGCCGCUCACACCGUCAAUCGUGUCCGUCGCCACCACAGGAAAUGGUGGAAGUCUCUUCGCGUCCCGCAGAUCGAGGCCGACGACGUUGGCGCCCAGCUUGCGCCUCGUGCGGUUGAUGUCGCCCACUUGCUGGCGGCCUACCGUACUCACGAGAUCGCAGCCGCAUACGAUCUGCUUGAGGUGCCGCUACACAGCACUCCUCACAAGCAGUUCCAAGGCCACGUCUUGUGUUCGGAAGAGAUCUUCACCAAGUUUUCCACGAUCGUGUUUUUCGUACACGACAUGGGUAACUGGCGCUCGGAGCGGUCGACAUCCUCCAACGACGAGCAGCAGGCGGCAUUGCAGCUCCUCGAUGCUUCCAGGAGCAUCAUCGACUACGCUCGCGAACGCGGCUACGGCCUGGUGGACGUUAACAUUAUGAGGGAGUUCGCUACGGAGAGGCCGAGGCCUCCGAUUGGCAUCAAGCAGACAUCACGGGCCAACGAAUCGGCGCAACUCGAGGCUGCGAAAGCGGCAGCGUUCAUUUGGGACAACAUUGUCACCCUCGCUGGUAAGCACGUCGUGAUGGUGGGCUUAGGGUCCGGAUGCAGUGCUUUGACCGCCGUGAUGGACGAGAGGGCUGCCGAGUCUCACGUCAAGGCGAUCGUCAAUGUGGUGGGCUACAACGACAUGCCCAGUGUGUCUCUUCAGUCGACGGCGGAUCGGAAGAAGUGGUACUACAAAAAGUCGAUGGUUUUGGCGCCCGCCGAUCACCGUCAUUUGAUCGAGCGAGGUGAUGCUGCCCCUCUCAAGAGGUUCGGCAAGAUCACACCCAUUCACGACACUGAGGCCAUCAACAUCUUCAGUGAGAGGAUCGAUGAUAUCAAGAGCUUCAUCGAUAAAAAGCUCGCGCCACUGAGAAGACCCACCGUCGCCUAA